AUGGUGAAAAAGAAAAUUGAUAAUCGUAUCAGGGUUAUGAUAGAGAAUGGAGUUAAACUUGGCCAUCGCACUAUGUUUCUUCUCAUUGGAGACAAAAGCAGAGAUCAGGUGCCCAUUUUAUAUGAUAUGUUAGUCAAAUCGACAGUAAAGGCUAGACCAACAGUACUCUGGUGCUAUAAGAACAAAGAUGAAGCAAUUAGCAAUCAUGGCCGUAAAAGAGCCAAGAAAAUAGCAGCUGGAAAACUGGAAGUCUCCGAAGAAUCACUGUUUGAUGCAUUCAGAGUGGCCACUACUAUUCAUGGUAGAUAUUAUUCGGAAAGUCAUGCAAUGCUCGGUCAGACAUAUGGAGUUUGCGUUUUGCAAGAUUUUGAAGCUCUCACCCCCAAUUUGAUGGCACGAACAAUUGAAACUGUAGAAGGGGGUGGUCUUAUAAUAUUCUUACUUAAAACCAUGGAUUCUCUAAGACAGCUACAUUCAAUAACAAUGGAUGUACACUCAAGAUUCAAAACUGAAGCCUAUGACACAGUGGUCAAUCGUUUCAAUGAAAGAUUUCUAUUGUCUCUAGCAGAUAACCCUAGAUGUUUGGUACUUGAUGAUUCACUGACGGUUCUGCCGAUAUCAUCCAAAACUGCCCAAAUCGACCCUGUAGAUGCUACACCAGAGCGUGUUAACCCAAAAUUGACUGAGCUCAUAUCAUCACUAUCCGACUCUCCACCUGCAGGACCGUUAGUGGCUUUAACUCGGACAUAUGACCAGGCAACGGCCCUGAUUGCACUCAUCAACACAUUAGCAGACAAGCAAUCAAGGCCUCCGCACUGCUUGACGGCCGCCCGUGGUCGCGGUAAGUCUGCAUGCCUGGGGCUCGCCGUAGCGGCCGCCGUAGCACUCGGCUACGUCAACAUCUACGUGACCUCUCCCCAUCCCGAGAACUUGAUCACCCUGUUCGAGUUCCUACUCAGGGGUCUCGACGCUUGCUUGUACCAAGAGCACAUUGAUUAUAACAUCGUGAGAUCAACGAAUCCGGAUUUCAAGAAGGCCAUUGUCAGAGUCAAUAUCGCUAGGAACUCUAGACAGACUGUACAAUACAUAACCCCAGACGACCACUCACUACUGUCGGCUGCUGACCUGGUGCUGGUGGAUGAAGCCGCAGCCAUCCCGCUGGUGCACGUAGCCGCGGCCGCCCAGAAGGCCCCACUCGCUCUGCUGUCGUCCACUGUCUCCGGAUAUGAAGGCACCGGACGGGCUCUGUCCUUGAAGCUCUUCGCACAGCUACAGACCCAACAUAAUGCCCCCCCUCCGAUAAAACUAGACGAACCGAUUCGUUAUCGCUCCGGGGAUCCAAUAGAAUCAUGGCUGAACUCGCUCCUGUGCCUGGAGGCGCCGCCCCCGUCCAUGGGGGUGGGCGCUCCGCCCCCCGCCGCCUGCGAGCUGUACCGAGUGAACAGGGACGCGCUGUUCUGCUAUCACAAGGCGGCCGAGGCGUUCUUACAUCGACUAGUCUCCAUUUACGUCGCCAGUCACUAUAAGAACAGUCCCAACGACCUGCAGCUGCUGGCGGACGCGCCUGCGCACUGUUUGUUCGUGCUGCUCGCCCCCCCGCCCCGCGCCGCCGCCCUGCCCGAGCUGCUGUGCGUGCUGCAACUGUGCCUAGAGGGAAACAUAUCCGACAAGUCGGUGCGGGACAGCCUCGGCCGGGGUCGCAAGGCUGCGGGCGACCUCAUACCCUGGAACAUCUGCGAACAGUUUGGCGACAAGGACUUCCCGAAGCUGUCCGGCGCCAGGAUCGUGAGGAUCGCCACGCAUCCUGCCUACCAACGGAUGGGGUACGGCAAGAGAGCUCUGCAGCAGCUGGCCGCGUACUACAGCGGAGACAUUCCGUGCCUGGACGAGGACGCCUCCGACGCAGAGACAGACAGACAGACAGACGCACAGAGCACGCUGCAGACAGAGACCAUCGCUCCGAGAUCGAAACCGCCUACUCUGCUGAAACGUUUGACAGAAGUCCGGCCCGAGAACUUGGACUACCUCGGCACGAGCUUCGGUCUCACCGAAGAUCUGUUAAGGUUCUGGAAGUCGCAGAAAUACGUUCCGGUUUAUCUGAGUCAAAAGGCGAACGAGCUGACGGGCGAGCACUCGUGCAUAAUGCUGCGGGCGCUGCGCGACGCCGCGUGGCUGGGCGCCUACAGCGCGGACUUCACGCGGCGGGCGGCGCGCCUGCUGCCACGGACGCUGCGGAGGCUGCCCGCCGCGCUGGCACUGUCCACGCUCGUCACUGACAGCGUCAAAGUUAACAAACCCGUGCUGACAAAGGGCUUGAUAGAGCAGUACCUGACCGGACACGACCUGUCCAGGCUCGAGGCCUACUCCAAGCAACAGGCCGACUACAGGCUCAUCACGGACCUGCUGCAGCCGCUGGCCGAACUCGUCUUCCACACUAAGUCGACCAUCAAGCUGGAUGCAGUUCAGAAGGUAAUCUUCAUAGCAAUGGGAUUCCAAAUGAAAGACGUCGACGACAUAGCGUCCGAACUGGGCCUGCCCGGCUCUCAGAUCCUGGCGAAGUUCUACGAGGCCUCGAAGAAGAUCAACGCAGCUCUGAACGCGGUUCUAGAAGAUUCCGCCGCGAAAGAGAUAGGAAUAGAGGACAAGGCGGCCUCGGGCGCGGCGCAGCCAGUGCAGCAGAGUCUACAAGACGAACUGUCUAAAGCCGCCAAGGAUUUAGAGCGCAAACAACGUAAGGAAUUAUCGAAACUGAUGGGAGAGGAUUUAUCUCAGUACCGCAUCAAGGGGAGUGACCUAGAUUGGGGACAGGCUCUAGCCAGCACCAAACAGAAGACAAUACUGUCCGUCAAAAGUGGUGAGAAGCGUUUAGGUGAAGACAUGAAGGAAAUAGACGAUUUGCUUGACUUGCAGACAAAUAAGAAGAAAAAGAAGAAAAAGAGUUUUAAAAAUUAAUUAAAUUAAAUGUAUAAA